GCCAACCCUCCCACCUCCCACCACCCUUUCCAAUCCCAGUCAUCGAAGCACUCGCAAUUUCCACGCCUCCCUGCCUAGCCUCUCGCUACGUCCACGCGCCCACCUACCCAAAGAACCGCACCCCGCACCGCCCUCCUCUCCCGACGCCACUCGUUGGACGUCGCCGGCAGUUGCGAGCUCCCACCCCCAGCACGUCUGCUGCGGUGAUGGCAAUGGAAGCGGCUGUGGCCGAGAAGAGCGGCGGCGCUGGAGCGGCCGGGGCUGGAGCUGCUGCCGCCGCGCAGGCGGGGAGCGGCGCCGUCGGCGGCGAGAGGCGGUCCCGGUUCCGGCGGAUCUGCGUGUACUGCGGCAGCGCCAAGGGACGGAAGCCAAGCUACCAGGACGCCGCCGUCGAGCUCGGCAAGGAGCUGGUGGAGAGGGGCAUAGACCUGGUCUACGGGGGAGGAUCCAUCGGCCUCAUGGGGCUGGUCUCUCAUGCAGUUCAUGAUGGAGGGCGCCAUGUGAUUGGGGUCAUCCCAAGAUCCUUGAUGCCCAGAGAGGUAACUGGUGAGCCUGUUGGGGAAGUAAGAGCUGUCUCCGGCAUGCAUGAGAGGAAGGCCGAAAUGGCUCGGUUUGCUGAUGCUUUCAUAGCAUUACCUGGCGGCUACGGGACUCUGGAAGAACUGCUUGAGGUCAUCACGUGGGCACAACUAGGAAUCCAUAACAAACCGGUUGGUCUCCUGAACGUCGAUGGGUUCUACGAUCCGUUCCUAUCCUUCAUUGACAUGGCAGUCAAUGAAGGAUUCAUAAAAGAAGACGCCCGACGCAUCAUCAUUUCAGCUCCUACGGCGAAGGAGCUCGUUCUGAAGCUUGAGGGGUAUGUUCCAGAGUACGAGGUCGGUUUGGUGUGGGAGGAUCAGAUGCCGCCGCCACACGGCUUUGCUCCUGAGCUAGGACCCGGGAUCGCUUUGUCCUGAUCAGUCGGUUCGCCUACCUUACCAGAUCCUAACCGACCCAAGAAGUAGCAUCUAACAAAGCAAGCGAAGAAUGGACAUUUAGCCAAUCCAUUGUGGUUCCUGCUCUGCCUAUCAGCUGUUCUUUUGGCGCUACACUGUUAGUAGCACUAAUUAGCAGUGCCUUUCUCUGUCAUGCUCUUCUUUUGCUUCUGGAAGAAGCUGGGAUGUAUAUUCUGGGUAUGUAGUUGUAGUAGUAGUAGUCUCUAGUAGCAGGGCCAUGCUUCUGAAUUCUGAAUUGUCUCCCUGAUCGAUUGUAAUUGUUGGCACGCGUGGAUGAAACAUGGAUGAGAUCAAUGGAUGGAUGGUUUCAGACA